AUGGAGAUUUCAGUAAUUGGAAGCUCACAGGUGAAUGUUGGGAGGAUAAUUGAUUUUGGGUACUGUAGCUUUAGCAGGAAUUCGAAUAUUAAGUUAUUUAAUUCAAGGAAUUACAAUAAUUCAAAGGCGUGCAGCAGCAAUCUUGGUCGGAAUCAAACCCUAGUUUGUCCUUCAAGAUCCACCGUUGGUUUCUGUCUUAAAGCAUCUGCCUCUGCUCAGAAUCAAGCUGUUGUUUCUGAGGAAUCUUCAAACAUUGCAGAGCCUAUUGAAAGCACGAAAUUAUACGUUGGUCUACCGUUGGACACGAUCUCGAAAUCGAAUAAAAUAAACCAUGCUCGAGCAAUUGCAGCAGGGCUAAAGGCAUUGAAGUUAUUAGGUGUGGAGGGUGUAGAGCUCCCACUCUAUUGGGGCAUAGUCGAAAACGAGGCGAUGGGGGAAUACAAUUGGACGGGUUAUCUUGCAAUUAUCGAAAUUGUCCGAAAAUUGGGUCUUAAGCUUCAUUUAUCCGUUUGUUUCCAUGCAUCCGAAGAAGCCAAGGUUUUGCUCCCACAAUGGGUUUCAAGAAUCGGUGAAUCUGAGCCGUCCAUUUACUUCACUGAUCGAUCGGGGGGUCGCUACAAAGAUUGCCUAUCGUUGGGUGCGGAUGAUGUUCCUGUUUUAGAUGGAAAGACUCCGCUUGAAGUGUACGCAUCGUUUUUCGAGAACUUGAAAUCUUCGCUCUCGCCUUUCAUGGGUUCCACAAUCACCGUAAGUUCAUUUUUUUUCGUGGAGUAGAAGUGUGUAAAAUGCGUAGUAGUAUGU